AUAUCAAGGACUAAAACUAUAUAUAGGUUUGAAAAAAUGGGCACGACGUGAUAGCAUCAAAGUUAUCUAUUUUAAGACGUGAUCAGCCUAAAGACCAAAGAAAAUAUCAAAAAUACCAAACUUUGUGUUUUUCCACAACCUCAUAAACCCCACAACCCUCCUCACUCUUCCCUAUCCCCUCCAUUUUCCCAAUCACCAAACACAGGAUUAGAGUUCGAUUUCUCCAAAGAAAACAUGGCUAAUUCAGCGUCUGGGAUGCAUGUGAAUGAUGAAUGCAAGCUUAAGUUCUUGGAGUUGAAAGCAAAGAGAACUUACAGGUUUAUUGUGUUCAAAAUUGAUGAGAAGGCUCAGCAAGUCCAAAUAGAAAAGCUUGGGAAUCCAGAAGAAACUUACGACGAUUUUACCAGCGCUAUCCCUGAUGACGAAUGUCGAUACGCAGUCUAUGAUUUUGAUUUCACCACAGAGGACAAUUGUCAGAAGAGCAAGAUCUUUUUCAUCGCGUGGUCACCUGAUACAUCAAGAGUUCGGAGUAAGAUGUUGUAUGCAAGCUCAAAAGACAGGUUCAAGAGAGAAAUGGAUGGAAUUCAAGUUGAAUUGCAAGCAACUGAUCCAAGCGAGAUGAGCCUUGACAUCAUCAAAGGACGACUCAAUCUCUGAACAACAUUCUAUUCAAAUUAAUGUUAAACUUUGACAUGCCAUUUUUCUUUGGAUAUUUCUGCUUUUGCUUGUCCGCUCUUUGCAUUUUGUGUGGAUUCAAUGUCUUAAAAUUGUUUUGUUAAGAAAAAAAGGGAUAAUUGAAUUCAUCUGCUUUGUGAACCAUUUCAUCUAAUAAA